CCAUAGCGUGCAUGCAGUACGGAAUAAACAAUGCUCAUUUCCCUUCAUAUGCCACUGUCAUAAUGAUGUGGAGCAUGGUGGAAAAUAUUUAACGAAUCCUUCGGGCCCGACCACAAUAAAAGCCGAGAUGCUCAGACGAUUAUCUGCUAAUACAGCUGGCUCCUAUGGUCAUCUUCCUCAGCCAUAAUGCACCGAGUUCUCACAGACGACAGACUCUAUCGGAUCGAUGCCGAUCUCCUCAUUCCUGGGAUGGGAGAUCCCAUACCCCAUGGAGCCGUUAUAUGGCAAUCCAAAACCAUCCGAUAUGCAGGGCCCCAAUCGGCAGUACCCGCAGAGUUCGAAGGGGCCACAACCACCCGCGUUCCGGUCGUGAUGCCAGGAAUGUGGGAUUGUCACAUCCACUUCCUGGGUGCCACAGCGGCGACGAUGAAUGCGAUCGUCGACACUCCACAGGCCCUGGCGGGGGCUCGGAGCGUACCGGAUCUGCAAGCCACCGUCAUGGCCGGAUUCACCUCUGUGCGCGAGGUCGGUGGCUAUGGCUGCGACCUCGCAAAAGUGGUAGCAGAGGGAAGGAUCCUAGGGCCGACGAUUUACUCCAGCCACUCAGCCAUCAGCAUGACGGCGGGGCACGGGGAUGUGCACGGCGUGCAUCGCGACUCGUUGCUCGACCUGUGCGCCCACGGCUUGCCAUUGACGAUCGCAGACGGCGUGCCGGAGUGCUUGCUCGCCGUGCGGAAGCAAUUGCGCCGUGGUGCAAAGGUUAUCAAAGUCUGCGCUAGUGGCGGCGUUGUCAGUGCCAUUGAUGACCCGCAGCAUCAGGAAUUCUCCUUUGAGGAGCUCAAGGCGAUUGUCGACGAAGCGGCGCGGGCGCGGCGGGUUGUCGCGGCCCACUGUCAUGGCAAGGCGGGCAUCAUGAAUGCGCUGCGGGCCGGAUGUCGCACAAUUGAACACGGUAGUUUCUUGGAUGACGAGGCUGUUGAGUUGAUGAGGGAGAAGGGGGCGAUCCUGGUAGCCACCCGUAGUGUGAUUGAAAAUGGUCUCGCAAUGAAAGAUCUCUUCACCCCCACAUCAUACCAGAAGCUACUGGAGGUGGCUGAUGCACAUAAGAAGGCAUAUCAGCUAGCUGUCUCGCGAGGUGUGACGAUCGCCCUGGGAACAGAUCAGUUUAUCAGCUCGGAUAAUCCGAUAUGGGGUUAUGGCCGGAAUGGGCAUGAGGUGAAAUACGCCGUGGAGGCCGGGUUAUCACCCCUUGCCGCGAUUGAGGCUGCCACGGCGAACGGACCUUUGACUCUGGGUUACCAGGCGCCUCAAAGUGGGCAGUUAAAAGAGGGCUUUGAUGCUGACAUUAUUGCGGUAGAGGAGAAUCCACUCGAAAACAUUGCGGUCCUGUCGAAUGCCAGGAAUAUCACACACGUCUGGCGCGAUGGCAAGAUAAUCAAAUCAUAGAAGGACUACCGUCGGGUCUACUCACUGUCAUGAAUAUCCUAACUUCUGAGCACGAUAUGCUUACUUUACUCUGCAUAAAUAUUCACAACGAUAUUACCAAUAUUUCGUCAUUAAGCACUGUAUU